ACAAAAAUGAAAUAAUAAUAACACAACUUUACUUGUCCAAAACUUUGGUUUACUCCGUUGCCAUCAUUGUUCUGCUAAACAUAAAAUCUUAUGCCACUCUUCGCAGGUUGAACUGUUCAAAUCAAGAAGCAUUUUAUCCAACUUGACAUAUUCCGGACAGAGACCAAUACCAUUAUUGACCAUAAAAUUUUAAAUCCAGAAACACUUUUUUUUUUUUUUCGUAAUAAAUAGAAUAAAAAACCGAGAUAAGUACUUAUACAUGUCCUGUUUACUUUUCUUUUGACUCGUUGUAUCGUGCUCUACUCUUUUAUCUUCUUCCUUGCAUCCCAUCCACUUGCAAUCUCAGCAUCCGUACAGUUUCAGUAUUGACUCUUUUUUUUUUCUUUUCUUUUAUUUCCCUUCAAAUCCAUGGUCUUUCUGAUCUUUCCUUGAAACUCCAUCGUCAGAGAAUUCUCUGAUGAUUUUGUUGCUUUUCCACUCGCAAUCUCCGCAUCUGUACAGUUUCAGUUUUGACUUCUUUUUUAUUUUUUUUAUUUUUUUUUUAUUUGGGCUGGUAUCCUUUUUCCCUUCAAAUCCAUGGUCUUUCUGAUCUUUCCUUGAAACUUCGUCAUCAGAGAAUUCUCUGAUGAUUUUGUCACUUUUGGGUUUUUGUUUUUGAUCUUGUUUCACUCUGAGGAAUCGUACCCUUUGUUCUUUCAUUGACAUGGGUUUUUUCUUUUCUUGAAUCGCUUUCUUGUUCUUGAUUCCUUGCACGGAAAGUUUUUAGAUUUUUGAUUAUUUGGCUAUUUGCUAAAUUGCUACUGCUGACCAUUUUUCUAGAUGGAAUUGGCACAAUUGUUGGUUUUUCUAUUAAGCAGAUAAAGUUUUUUAUUUUUUUUUUAUUUUUUUAUUUUAUUUUCUGGUUUACGGGAAUAGAAAAUUUCGAUUUGAAUUGUCAAAGUCUAUUUUUUAGCUUCAUGACAAAGGAAAUUUGAGAUGUGGGUAUAGUUUGAAAUUCAUAUUCAAUCCUGCAUUUUUGACCCCCCCAAAAAAAAGUUUUUGGUCAUUUUUCUGAUACUUUGUCGGCCUUCGGUUUCUUGUAUGGAUAUGGCGGACUGCAAAUCUGUGAUUCCAGAAUUAGAAGGUGAAGAAAACUUGAUUGCUGCGGCGAAACACAUAGCCAGAGCAUUGGGAUCGAACAAGAACCUCACAGAUGAUACAAGAAGAAUUUUAGCCGAUCUGGGUGUUCAAUUGUCCUCCAUCUCCACAUAUUCAGAGAAAAAGGAUGAGAAUUUGAGUGAGAUUGAGAACUGCCUUAAUGAUGUUCAGGAAAAGAUCGCGAGCUGGGAAGCAGAUCAAUCUAUGAUAUGGGACUCAGGCUCAGAUGAGGUUUCUGAGUAUCUGAAUGCUGCAGAUGAAGCCAGGAAAUUGACAGACAGAUUAGAGAGUUUGUCUUUGAAAAAUGAAGAAUAUGAACUUCUAGGGAGGGCUCAUGAUGUUCUUCAAACAGCCAUGGCUAUGCUUGAGGAAGAGUUGGUAUACAUGCUUGUCCAAAACAAACAACCCUUUGAGCCAGAGCACGUGUCUUUCCGUUCCAGUGAGGAAGAUACUUUGGAUGAGAGCUCCAUAAUCUCUUUUGGGGAUGAUUCAGUUGAGGAUUCCAUCCUUAGAGACAGUACAAGCAGGGCUUCUGAAGAGUUCAUCAUCGAUUUGGUUCAUCCACAUGUAAUUCCUGAGCUCAGAUGCAUUGCAAAUCUGAUGAUCAGCUCCAAAUAUGAAAGAGAAUGCACACAGGCCUAUACCAGUGUGCGGAAAGAAGCAUUGGAUGAGUGCAUAUUCAUCCUUGCAAUGGAGAAGCUCAGCAUUGAAGAUGUUCUGAGGAUGGAAUGGGUCACUUUGAACUCCAUGAUCAAGGGAUGGAUUCGUGCUAUGAAGAUCUUUGUCCGGGUUUAUCUUGCUAGUGAGAAAUGGCUCAGUGAGCAGAUCUUUGGUGACCAUGAAAGGAUCAACCAAGUUUGCUUUCUUGAGGCAUCAAAGGCUUCAAUCUUGCAGCUUUUGAAUUUUGCUGAUGCUAUGUCUAUUGGCCCCCAUAAACCAGAGAAGUUGUUUCGAAUCCUUGACAUGUAUGAGGUUUUGGCAGAUCUUGUUCCUGAUAUAGAUACCCUUUACCUUGGUGAAGCUGGUUCCUCAAUAACCAUGGAGUGGCAUGAGGUUUUGGGGAGAUUGGGUGACUGUGUGAGAGCAACGUUCAUUGAAUUUGAGAAUGCCAUUGCAACAAACCAUUCGACAAAUCCUAUUUUGGGUGGAGGAAUUCAUCCUCUAACCAGGUAUGUCAUGAACUAUAUUAGGACCCUCACUGAUUACGGUGACACACUGAAUUUGUUACUCAAGGACCAUGAUGAUGAAGUUCAUCUUCCAUUCUCUCCGGAUGUGAGUCCAAGUAAAGAAAAUGACAACAAAAGUGGUGGUUUAUCAAACAGAAUUUCUCCAACGGCUCGCCACUUUUUAUCAGUAGCUGCCAUUUUGGAAUGCAACCUUGAUGCCAAGUCCAAGUUGUGCAAAGAAGCUGCUUUACAACACAUAUUCUUGAUGAACAAUAUACACUACAUGGCUGAGAAGGUCAAGGGAUCUGAACUGAGGCUUAUAUUUGGAGACGAAUGGAUUCGAAAGAGGAACUGGAAAUUCCAACAGCAUGCAAUGAACUAUGAGAGAGCUAGUUGGAGCUCAAUCCUCUCUUUGUUCAAAGACGAGGGAUUACAGAAUCCAGGUUCAAAUUCUAUCUCAAAGAUCCUUCUCAAGGAGAGGUUCAGGAGCUUUUAUCUAGCUUUUGAGGAAAUUUACAGGACACAAACAGGAUGGGUAAUUCCAGAUCUCCAGCUUAGAGAAGACUUGAGAAUUUCAACAUCCCUCAAGGUAAUCCAGGCUUAUAGGACAUUUGUGGGAAGAAAUGCCACUCACAUAAGUGACAAGCAUAUUAAGUAUAGUGCUGAUGAUAUGGAGAAUUUUCUUUUGGAUCUGUUUGAGGGUUCCCCAAAAUCAUUACAAAAUCCUUGUAGAAGGUGAUUGCGAAUUUGCAGAGAAUACUUGAAUUAUUGUGUUAUUUAUUUGAUAGAGUUGAGGCCCUCCUAUGUCUCCCCAAUCUGCUUGGUGUAUUUGAUAAUUAAAACAGAUUGUUAUCCAUUUCAAAGCUAAUAGAAAAGAAAUGGAUGGAGCUCUCUACUUUUGCAUUUUCAUACAUGUAAUCAGAUAUGAUUUUUGAAAUAGUUAUGCCAUUUGUUUUUUCUUUGUA